AUGAGAGCUUCGGCAGACUGCACUGCGCCAAUCGUCGGGGCGGCCGUUAGUGGUGGAGGUGGUUCAACAAGCCCGGACGUUUCGAGACGGCUCAAGAUCCUUAGCGGAAAGAAGAUUGAGGAGCUCGGCCUAAAUGAGAUCUUGAUGAUGUGCUCCUGGGCGAACCACUCACCGCCAUCGUAG